AUGUCAAUUGUGGAAGAAGCUGAUGCAUUUGGGGAGAAAAGGAUAAACAUGGCGCAUUUGUGUAUCGUUGGCUCACAUGCAACAAACGGUGUGGCUGCUUUGCAUUCGGAUCUGCUCAAAAAGACCGUCUUCAAAGACUUCUACGAGUUCUUCCCUGAACGCUUCCAAAACAAGACCAAUGGUAUCACUCCGCGACGCUGGCUUCUGCUUUCGAAUCCGUCCCUUGCUGAUGUUAUUUGUGAGAAAAUUGGUGAGGAUUGGAUUACGGAUCUCGACAAGCUGCAAGAACUAAAGAAAUUCGCUAACGAUAUCGGUUUCCUAGAUGCCAUUCACAGGGUUAAGCAAGAGAACAAGCUUCGUUUAGCACAGUUCCUCAAUGACGAAUAUCAAGUUGAAAUCAAUCCAUCCAGUAUCUUUGAUAUCCAUGUGUGUUUUAUUCUCAUAUACUGGUGGCGUCUGUACUUUUGCUAG